CCAAAACAUUGGCGCGGUGGCGCGACGCCCACACGAGUGCCCCGAUGCCAACCCCGCCGUCGACGGCGGCGGCGGCGGCGGCGCAGCACCUGGAGUCCCUCCUCCCGCGCCUGGCCUCGCUCUCGGAGUACAAGCAGUUCCACGCGCGCCUUCUCACCUCGGGCCACCUCGGCUCCCACCCGGGCCUCCGCGCCCGCUUCCUCGACCGCCUCGCCCUCUCGCCGCACCCCGCCGCGCUGCCCCACGCGCUGCUCCUCCUCCGCUCCCUCCCCUCCCCGGCCACCAACGACCUCAACGCCGCCCUGCGGGGGCUCGCCGCGUCGCCGCACCCGGCGCGCUCGCUCCUCCUCCUCGCGGGCCGCCUCCACUCGUGCCCCUCCCCGCCGCGUCCUCGCCUCGACGCGCUCUCGCUCUCCUUCGCCCUCAAGGCAUCCGCCCGAUGCUCUGACGCGCCUACCACGCUUCAGAUCCACGCGCUCAUUGUCCGCCUCGGCGUCGCCGCCGACGUCCGGCUCCUCACCACGCUGGUUGACUCGUACGCCAAGUGCGGGGACCUCGCGUCCGCGCGGAAGGUGUUCGAUGAAAUGACCGUGAGGGAUGUGGCCACAUGGAAUGCGUUGCUGGCGGGGCUAGCGCAAGGCACGGAGCCCAAACUUGCUCUCGCGCUGUUCCAUAGACUGGCUGAGAGCUUCCAGGAGUUGCCGCCGAGGGAGGAACCCAACGAGCUGACUAUCGUUGCGGCGCUUUCUGCAUGUGCACAGCUUGGCUCGUUACAAGAUGGGCUGUAUGUGCACGAGUUUGCUAAAAGAAUUGGACUUGAUCGCAAUGUUCGGGUCUGCAAUACUCUAAUUGACAUGUACUCCAAGUGUGGAUCGUUGGCAAGGGCGCUAGAUGUGUUCCAUUUCAUCAAGCAAGAAGACCGGACACUUGUGUCUUACAAUGCUGCAAUUCAGGCGCAUUCAAUGCAUGGGCAUGGGGGCGACGCACUGAGAUUGUUUGAUGAAAUGCCAAAAUGCAUUGAGCCAGAUGAAGUGACUUACCUUGCUGUGUUGUGUGGGUGCAACCAUGCUGGCCUUGUGGAUGAUGGGCUCAGGGUAUUCAAGUCUAUGCGGGUUCCUCCCAGUGUGAAGCAUUAUGGAACAAUUGUAGACCUUCUUGGCCGUUCAGGCCGUCUCACGGAGGCAUAUGACACAGUCAUUUCUAUGCCAUUUCCAGCUGAUAUUGUCCUCUGGCAGACAUUGUUGGGUGCAGCCAAGAUGCAUGGGGUUGUUGAGUUCGCGGAGUUGGCUACCAGUAAACUGGCCGAGCUUGGUUCCCUUGUUGAUGGUGACUAUGUGCUGCUGUCGAAUGUUUAUGCAUCCAAGGCCCGGUGGACGGAUGUUGGUCGAAUACGUGAUACCAUGCGAAGCAAUGAUGUACGAAAAAUUCCUGGUUUCAGCUACACAGAAAUCGAUGGAGUAAUGCAUAAGUUUAUUAAUGGUGACAAAGAGCACCUAAGGUGGCAAGAGAUAUACAGAGCACUAGAGGACAUUGUAUCAAAAAUUAGUGAGCUAGGAUAUGAGCCAGAGACAAGCAAUGUACUGCAUGAUAUUGGGGAAGAGGAGAAGCAGUAUGCACUGUGCUAUCAUAGUGAGAAGCUGGCCAUUGCAUUUGGGUUGAUUGCAACACCACCUGGGGAGACCCUUCGGGUGAUCAAGAAUCUCCGAAUAUGUGGGGACUGUCAUGUGGUGGCAAAGCUCAUUUCUAAAGCCUAUGGCCGUGUGAUUAUCAUUCGGGACAGGGCGAGAUUCCACCAAUUUGAAGAUGGGGAGUGUUCUUGCAAGGAUUACUGGUAAAUAGUGGCAUGCAUGAUCAUUAGAAUUAGAGUGAUAAAUUUGACAUGAACCCGUGGAGAUAAGGUCAAAAAGGGUGAUAAUAUGUUUCUGGUCCAACAUAUCAAUUUGUAGAGAUACUGGAGCAACUUCAUCAUGCAUAUGGCUUCUGACCCCAGACAGGGUCACACAUCAAAAGGACCAAAAUACCCCUAUGUGCAUGGAACGGGAGAACGUGCAUCGGCCGGCGAGGAGGGGAGUCGGCCGGUGGGGAGGGGAGUAGGCCGGCGGGACAGUGUCGGCCGGCGGCGCGGGGAGUCGGUCGCCGGGCGGGCGUGGGCCGGCGAGGCGGGGAGGGGCGUUGGCCGACCUGGACCGCCGCCCAGAUCGGACUCCAGCGCGGGGAGUCGGCCACCGGGCGGGCGCGGGCAUCGACGUGCGGGGAGGGGCGUCGGCCGGCGAGGAGGGGAGACGGCCGGC